AAAUAAGAGCUCCAGAUAGAGAGCUUCUUGUGACCGAGGCCUGCGGACUGCCGUAGUAGAAAAAAUGGAGGGAACCUCCGUUCUCAGCUGCUCCACUUCCUCAGCAGCUCUCUACUCAAGAACCCACUCCCUCGAGUCGGGUCCCGGCUCUCGGUCUUCGUCUCCACUUCACACAAAGUCUCAACCUUUUUACUUAUCCCUCGUGUUGGGCGCUCAACAAGAACGGCCUUUGGCGGUGCUCUGCUCGCGAGCCUCUCUCCGGACCUCCGUUUUGGCGGUGGAGGAGGCGGUGGAGAGAUCGAGGGGCUCGAUUGCACUGGCAAGAGAAAUAUUUCCCAAGAUCGAUAAGAGCGGCCGGUUUUGCAGCCCCAGAGCCGCCCGUGAGCUCGCUUUAUCAAUUGCCUAUGCUGCUUGUUUAGAAGGGUCUGACCCUGUUCGGCUUUUUGAGAAGCGAAUGAAUAUGAGAAGAGAGCCUGGUUAUGAAUUUGACAAGGCAUCAUUGCUGGAAUACAACCACAUGAGCUUUGGAGGGCCACCUGUCACAACCGAUACAGCAGAAGAAGCUGAUGAGCGUAUGCAGAUUGAUGAAAAGGAGAGCGCAAUUGAAGCUGAAGUCUUGUCUGCCCCACCAAAGAUGGUGUACAGCAAAUUGAUACUGCGUUUUACAAGGAAGCUAUUGGUUGCAGUGAUGGAUCAGUGGGAUAGUCAUGUGCUUGUCAUUGACAAAGUUGCACCUGAAAAUUGGAAGAUUGCCCCUGCAGGCAGAAUCUUAGAGCUUUGUAUUCUCCAUCUCGCGAUGUCUGAGAUAACAGUUCUUGGAACUCGUCAUCAGAUUGUCAUCAAUGAGGCUGUGGAUCUAGCAAAACGGUUCUGCGAUGGGGCGGCACCGCGCAUAAUAAAUGGAUGCCUUCGGAGCUUCAUCGAGGAUCUCGAAGCAACUCAUUCACCUAUGGCGUCAGAAGUCAAGGAACAGAUCGCCGUCGGUGCAUGAGGAUGAUACCUCCCAGUUCGUUCCCCAUCGGAAGUCACCCAUGGCCAAGAGGUAGUGUCAAGUAACCUUAUCUUUACUAAAGCAGACCAUUCUUGUGCUGGAAUCCAUGCUUCAGGCAUUAGCAAGGAAGGUUGCUCUGAUGUGGCAGUGAAACGAAACCCACAGAUUCGAUGAUGACUGGAUGGUGGAUUAAAUUUCAUGUACGAACUUGUGGUGACUAAAUCAUCUUGAACUGAUCAUGUUGGAUUUCUCA